CGACAUGAAAAGCACUUCCCCGAACUUGUCUUCUCUCACUCCUUACCUUCCUGUAGGCCCUAUUCGCUCAUUCCUCCUUUACCUCUCCACUCCACUAAAUCAUUCCAUUCCUCACCUACUAUAAUGGCCCCCCAGCAUGUCGCACAUUUGAAGGAAUGGAUGGAACAAAUGAACAAGUUCGCGAACCGAGCGGACGAGGAUGGACACUUAUUCUCGCACGACUGCUUCGGUCGCAGCACGGUCGUCGAUGCGGACGAGGACUCGGCCGUAUUUGAAUACACCAUUCAAAAAUCCGACUGCAAUUUCUCGAACAACUUUCAUGGUGGUGCCAUUGCUACCUUGGUUGAUAACUUGACCACGGCAGCCUUAUUCACACGCGAACGUAAACAUUUUCAAUUUGCUGGUGUGUCAACCGAUCUGCAUGUCGCCUACGUCUCGGGUGCCGCGCUCGGCUCAACUGUCCUGGUCGAGUGCAGGGUCCACAAAGUUGGCGCGGGUCUUGCAAACACGACCGCGGUUUUGAAGGACAAGGAAACAGGCAGGGUCCUUGCUACAGCUUCACACACAAAGUUUAACACGGAUUCCCGAAUGGGCGGCGGAUCCAAGCUGUGAAGACGUUUCGAACGCCAAAUCCUUCCGUAAAUCCUUUUAGAACUCAUUGUAGAUCAGCUUUUGCAAAAUAGAAACCUACUCUUUUCGCCCUAUACUAUAUUGUAUUUCCUUUGAUUGUCUUCAAAACGUUUUCAG